GGGUGACCCGGCUUGUGUGCUCCUAGGUGGCGGUCCCGCGGCGCCAUGGCCGGGAGUCUCUCCCCCGGGGCCCCCGGCGGCCCCCGCUCGCGUCUCGGCUUCCGAGCCAGCUGCAGGAUGGUGCUGGACUUGCUGCGGGACACCGAGCUCUCCCUGCCCUUCACCCCGGAGCUGCCCCGCACCCCGGUCACCGGCCUCGCUCGGGGCUUUAGGAACCUCAGCACCUGGGCUGGGGAUACACCAAAGUGCUGUCUAGAUCUGUCUGAUCUCAGCAGUGGUGAGGAGAUGCCUGCCUUCAAUUUCACCCAUUCCCCAGACAUGGCUGUUGCAGGUCGGGUGGACUCAUCAGGACCUCAGGAUGGGCUAGAGGCACAGAGGCAGAAUGUAAAAUCUUUCCUGCCCCAGGUAUUAUGCAGCACACCGAGUUCCCCAGGCUCCAUGCAGCGAGAAGGCAACGAGAUAGACAACUCCCUGAACAAGGAAAACGAGGGCCGCUGGUUUAAGCGCCCAGGGUGGCAAAUGCCUAGGUCCCUGCUGUUUCGAAAGAGAGCAACAGCUCAGCUGGAUGCAGGGGGCUUGGAGGAGUGUGAAGUGAAAGAUUUGGGCAGCCCAAUUGCUGCAGUGGCACCGCAUCCACGCAGAAUGGCAGAGAACUUGGACAGCUUUGAAGAGCUCUUCCCCAAUGAACAAGAAGACAUGGAGAAACCAGUGGCUGGGAACCUGUCCUCCAGCAUGGCUGUCCUGCUCUCUGGACCCCUCCUCACACAGGACAUCAAUGUCAGUGAAGUCUCUAUCAACAGAAGUCGCCUGUACCGCUCACCGUCCAUGCCAGAGAAGUUGGACAGACCGGUGCUGAAGCGAAUAGUGAGAUGCCAGGACAAUGAAACUCCAGUCAAGGUGAAACUGAGACGCAGCCCUGUCUAUGAGGAGCUGGAGCAGGGCGCAACUCUGAAGAAGACGGCCUCCCUCUCAGACAUGGAAAUUGUCAAAGUUCUUGAUCAGGACUAUGGCUUCCGACAGCUCAUCGGGGACUUCUCUAAGGUGUAUGCGCUGCCGACAGUGACAGGAAGGCAACAGGAUCUGAGAUACAUCACCCCGGAGACUGUGGCUGCUCUUCUCUUUGGGCAAUUCCAAAGCUUGAUUGAGACAUUCUACAUCAUCGACUGUCGCUACCCCUAUGAGUAUCGGGGGGGGCACAUAAAGGGGGCUCUGAACUUUCACAGGCAGGAAGAUGUCUUUGAGUUCUUGCUGAAGAAGCCUCUGUUCCCGUCCACGCCACAGAAACGCAUUGUCCUUGUGUUCCACUGUGAAUUCUCCUCAGAACGGGGCCCCAAGAUGUGCCGCUAUCUGAGGGCGGAAGAUCGAGCCAUGAAUGAGUACCCUGCACUGCACUAUCCUGAGCUCUACGUCCUGAAGGGAGGCUACAAGGAGUUCUUCCCUGAGUACAUGGAGCUCUGUGAACCCCAGGACUACUGUCCAAUGCACCACCAGGACUACAAGGCAGAGUUGCUGAAAUUCCGUACCAAGAGCAAGUUGUGGGCUGGAGACCGGAGGAGAUGCGACCAAAUCGCUCGUCUCAUGAAGUUGUGAGGGCAGAGGCAGCAGCCUUGAGUGGGCACUGCUUGGAAGGGCUCUGCCUUGCACAGCAACAGUUUUUUCUCUUGGAAGUGGGUCACUCAGUGACAGUCAGAGGCUGGAAAGUGGGAACCUGCCUUGUCCUAUGGAAACUGCAGCCACCUUCAGCCAUUUCAGAUGCUAACAAAUGCUACAGGAAGGCUGGUUAAAAAAGGUCUUGAUUCUUGAUGCUGCAUUUUGGAAAGACUGUGGCUGAGCAUGACCCGGGUGGACCUAGCAGUCUGUAAGGAAAUGGGGCCUCCUUCACAUGGAAGGCACAGAGCGGGCCAGGUUCUA